AGUUCCGGUGCACGGAAAAUGCACUGCGGGGAUAAUCCGGCGUGUGUAAAUGUGUAAACAAACCCUAUGUCAGAAUUCUUCCGGUGGUAUAUCGUCUUUGUGAGAAGUACUGGUGACAAACAUGGUGGUGUCAGUGACUAUUCAACAUUUAUUCAAGUAUCCUCUAGAGUUCGUCGCAAACACACACUUUCAGAAGUAUCCAAGUAAAGGGGAGAAGUUCGUUGUGAGGGUCGACACCGUGGAACACAGAAGAGAUGUCGUCCAUGGUAUAAACUACUGGAGAAGGAUUGCAGUGUGUGCUAAUGUCAUCCCUGGUAUCCUGAGAACCAUAAAUGUGCUGAACGAGCAGAAUUUCCUACUGGAAGAAGAGGCGUGGCUGGAUUUUCGCAAGCCUGAGUUUCGACUGCAGAGCUGCAAUAUCACAUGGUCCAAGUACGCCCAUAUAUGGGAGGAAUCUACAUUCAAGCCAAGUCAAGACAAUCCAAAAUGGACAGUCCUCGAGCAGCAUGGGGUGGUUGAGGUGAAGGCAUUUGGGCCGUUUGGGCGUGUCCUAGAGAUGUUCGCUCAGAGAUUUUUGCAGUCUGGAGUGAAGAGAGGGUUGAGAAUAAUGGAGGAGCUCUUGCAGGAGAGGGCAAGCAAAGCUUACAUCACCCAGGACAACCCAAGUGUGUCGUGACCUGCCUGCCAAUGUCACCCAGGUGGACGUCGAUGCCGGUGUGUUGCUCCAUGACCAUGACUUUCGAAAUGAUCUUGCUGCAGACUGACAAUCGAGACAUUAGUUGUUAAAAUGUUGAAUGAUGUGUUAAUGCUAUGUAUUUUAUGAGUUUGUUAAUGAAAUUUUCUUACCUGUUGAUUACAGGUAUCUUGAUACCAGUGCCAAAAUUGAUAAUGAAUACUUUUAUUUAACUCACAUAAUCAGUACUCAUAACUUUAGUGAAAUGUUUCCUGGAAUUAAACCAAAUUUAGUGUGAGUGAGUUGGGUUUUACAUCAUUUUGAACAGUAUUCCAGCUGUAUCUCAGUGUGUCAGCUUGAUGUGGGAGGAAAAGUGAAGCAGGUUUACCACUUUGGUGAAACUCAUGGACAUGGUAUGGUGCUGACAAACCUACAUAAUCGGGGAAUUCGAACCCACAAUCAAAGGUUUGUGGCCUGCCCAAGGGACGUCCAAGACCUGCAUCACGCUGUGACAUAACUGGAAUACUUUUCAAAGCGGCGUUAAACCCAAUUCACUCACUAUAAAGACACCAAAGCCUUCUCAGAAAAUACCCUAUGGGUGCAUGGGGGGCCCAGUCAUCUAAGGUGCCAUGAUUCGCUGUUCAGUCAUCUAAGGUGCUGCGAUUUGCUGUGUAGAAAUGCGUCCCUUGGGCACGCCAGACACCUAUGAUUGUGGGUUCUAAUCCCGGUUC